GCAAGACAGUCUGGGACGACCUGAAUGUGGCGUGAGCAAACCUUGGUCUCUGAAUAGUACUCAGUCUGCGCCUCCCCACGAAUCAAAGGCCACCUCUCGUCAGCGUUGAGCAGAUCAGUGACAUUGUCGCUGAUGACACUGGCAGAGCUUGUAUACACAAGAACCUUAACACCCGUCUUUUGGCAGGCGUCAACAACAGCCUGUGUACCAUCGACGUUGACCUUCUUGAACACAUCAUGGCCGAUAUUGGGGUUGACAGCAACAGGAGAGGCUGUGUGGAUGACAACGUCGGGCUUGAGCUCCUCGAACAGAGAUAGAAGCCUCUCGGGGUCGGUGAUGUCGCAUUCUCGGUACUCGGCAUUGGGAUUGCGAUUGCGCUCGCAUCAAAGCCGUUACCGCCAAUGACGACAACUCUCCCGAGUGGACCUCUAGAUUUUGUCUUUUCAGCCAUCUUCAGUGGUGUGUGUCUGCUCUGCCUGCGUAUGUUGUGAGAGUACGGUAGCAGUAGGAGUCGAGGAGGUGGGAAGAGUAAGCCAGAGCGAGAGUCUCUUGAUAAUAUCCUGGGGUACGGUCACUGUACGGAUAGAGCUAAUUUGGUGGUGAGAGCAGGGGUCCUCCUCUGUGUGGCUGAUAUCUUAGGCUAGUGGGAAUAUGGUGGGGGUUGUAGCACCUCCACAACUUAGAUGCCUACUGUAGCAACCAAUCAGUGGAUCAGCUCCUUAAAUCUUCAGCGGCUUCAUGAACUAAGUUACCUCUGUACGUACGUCUACGGCGUGAAUCGAUAUCGUGUGUCACGAGGCUUCACUUCUCCUCUCUCUUUUUUCCUACUACCAAAGGACUACCAUAACCACCUACGCUUCUUCUUUCUUGUUCUCUUUUUGCCUGCCUACAACUCCAUUCCAUAUACCUUCACCCUUGUCUCACCUGGCUUGUGCUCUCUUUUACUUGCUAUUUUGGACCCCUUUGGAUAUCAACAACUUCCAUUAUCGACCUUGGGAACAACAUUUCCUCUUCUCUUCAGCACGAUUACUCCUCUUCUCUUGGGAAAUAGCGUUUUUAGGCGAGAAGCAGUCGACAUGCUCAACUGGCAUUCAGACUAUGGCAAGGAACAGCUCGGACGGCGCAGAGAUUCUUGUCCACAUCACAGCACCAAGUCGGUCAACCGAUGAUGUUUCAUAUCGACAACUUGCCCAAGCUUAUCUAUCUUUUGAGCCUUGCAGGCGCACACAACUGUCUGUGAUAGAUUCGCAGACAGUUGAGGAACAACAGCGUGUGCCAGAAAGAUAUCAAGGGGCGCCAUCGCCAAGUCAGACCAGGGUAACAACUUCGUUUGGACGAUCAUUUGAGAUCACAUCCCAAGAUCUAAGUUUCGAAGGAGCUAUAGACAAUCGAUCAUCACCAUGUCUACCGCGUGAGGCAUUGGCUCGGAGUGCGAUCCCCUCAUCAGACCAUACUGGUUUCGGGUCAAUCAACUCCUGGUGUGCGCCUGCGAGUCAAAUCAGUGACUCUUAUCCCAUGCCAGAUGCUGCGCUCUUAGACGUUUCACCGUCACGUAUACUACACAGCUACGUCCGAAGAACUCAGUCAUCGCAGGAACCAUAUUCGUCGCCAACUGCACAUAAGAAGCGUCCUCCGUUACCAGAGUUUGGACAGAGAGUCGAUAUUCCCUCUUCCCUACCACCUCACAGUCAAGAAGAAACUUGGCCUCUCGAGGCCCCUGGGAUCAUAAAUAUCGUACCUACGACGCCACAAACAGACAAAGCAGCCGAUGUUCCCAUACCCUCGGCGAAUACAGAGGUGAUAGCCUUCGAGCAUUUGGCUCCAGAUGUCACUCAUAUUUCUGGCAGUGUGGUUAGCAACCACUCGCCAGCUCUGUCGCCUCGUGCAGGGUCAGAACCCCCACUAUCAAAACGAUCCAAGAUUGGACACUUGGAGCAUGGUGAUCUAGUCAGAAGCUCUAGCGAUACAGGCCCAGCUCUGUCAACGAGAAACUCGCAGGGAGACCAAGUCAGCAGUAGCUUGGAAAUCCGGCCACCAUCCCCAUCCGUGGGAGUUGACGACAUCGAUCCUGCAGAUUUGAUAUCUGAGAAGCUCGCAAAACUCGCCCGCGAUCUGUCGUCGAGAUAUCGCCCGACGACAGAACGCGAUAUCGAAGCCUUCGAGCGAGGAUACUGGCUUAUCAACUGCAGUGGCUGGGACCCAACUGUCCGGUUUGAUACUUGGGUUUUCCUCGCUAAUUAUCUCAAGAGUGGUUUGGCGGGCUGGGGAACCUGGUGUCGUAGGGACAAAACCCACGACUGGAUACGCUUAUAUUGCUGGGGCCAUGUUGCGAAACAUACAUACUUGCUUCUGUACCUUGCGAGUGGAAGACAAGUCAAGACAAGUGGCGCGAAGUGGUAUGGAGCAGAUGGUGAAGUUGCUCUGGAAAUCCCGCCUUAUGAGAAGCAGGGAUAAGUCAGAUGACUGCUCGCACCAGAUUUCAGUUUGGAUAUUAUACUCGACUUGGCAUCCUGGGAGGACUUGAACAUUCAUAUCAUAAGCGAGGCGUUUGUCGGUUUUUUCCCCUCUUUGGUCUAGACAACGGUUGCCAUCAAUCAUCGCAACUAGAUAGAGCUGCAAAGCUUGGUCCUUCAAUGUUAUAAGACGACAUAAAUAGACAAAACGCACGUUGCACGAG